UUGUAAUCCCAUAAUAACAAGUAUAGUAUUUAUUUAAAAAAAAUAGACACAACUUCUAUUUGCACACCUCUUUUAAAGCCACACCUUGGUCAUUUUCUAUUAAAAAAUACUACUCUUUUCAAUACGAUAUUUAUGAUAAUGUCUCAGUCACGUUAAUGGAAAUUAAAUCGUCUCGAUUAAAAUUUAUCUGGAUAAUUGAUGGCACGAUUAUUUUAAAAGUAUUGGCAAGGAAACCGAUGUUUUUUGCAAUUAAGAAAAGGAUAGUUGACAUAAAAGAUUCAUGAGGCACGGAAAGAAAAAAAUAUUGUUCGCUGUAUUGGAGGAUUUGUGUAUUGGCAAUCAUAUAGCAUUAUUCCUCUAUAGAAUGAAAUAAAUCAAAUGGACGAGGAAUGCAAUAAUAUGAUAAAAAAAAAACUGGAAUAUGAAACGCGAAGAAAUAAAAAAAAGGUUUAUCUUGCUCGAAUAUUAGAGGAUAGAUGGUAAAACGACGGACGAUCAUAUUGGUUAAUUUUAUUAUGCUUAACUGGAUGCUGGGAGGUAUUGCUGUGAUCGGUCGAUCCAUCGAGUCGAGCAUCCCAAUUACCAAUAGUUCCAGAUCUUGCAACUUAAUCAAAUUCAAUGGAAAAAUAGAGCUGGGGGCUACCCUUUCUAUGGGUUGUUGUCGAAGGGAUAUUACCGUGCCGGAUGGUAAUGACCCUCCCUAUUGCUCCAACUUUGUUCUCACGUUGGCAGUGCGUAGUUGGCGAUAGACUGAAGGGGACGUGUGUGUUCGAAAACGACGAAAAGUCGUCUAGAAAGUUCGAAAUUGCUCUCAGGUAUGUAUAAGAAAUCUCUUGUUCGUUCCUCAAAUCAAGUUUUUCGAUUAAAAAACUAUUCUAUCGGGGAUAGAAUAGCUUUAUCGGAUGUCUGUUUUAAGCGAAUGAUGAUAAUAACAUAAUAACUAACUCGUUGACGAAAAUAUUCUUUAUUUCCAUGUAUAUAUUUAUACAUACUCCUUAAUCGUAUCUUUCUUUUCCCUUCGAUAAAUACGAACAAGAGAAAUUGGGCGCUGUUGGGAAGAACAGCCAACUCAAACGGUUCAUUCGACAUUAAUUCUGUUACACGUAACGAUAAAUCGAUUUCCUCACGUGUUAAAGUAAUAAUCCGAUCAUCAGAUUUAUUGGAUAGACAAAAGGUAGCGGAGUUCAAACACGAAUAUUUCACUCGUUGUAGGAGCUAUACGUACAUUUUCCAUAAAACGAAAAUGCGAAAACGAAUCGUUAAAUAUAUCAGUGGCAUUGGCAACGUUCUGCUUGAUCCUUUGCCUUUUAUUUUUGGACGUAUUCGCGAUAUACGUUCGGACAGAAAUAGUCGAGAAUAUUCCAUCUGUUGACUUAAAAAAAAAAGAAAAAAAAAAAAUUCAAUUUCUUAUUUAAUUGCGCGAUAACGUUAUCAAAUUUUUGUCUAUAUGAUCGCUCAAUUGUUAAACAAUAAUGAAGCAAAUAACUCGAUAACGGAUCGAUAAUUUUAAACGGCCAGGCACUCACAAGAUAUAUAGAAUAAGCGAACAACCUGAUCUGUACAAGUUGUUUCGUCCGGCCAGUGUCAGCUGUAAUUCGAUUAUAUCGUCUCGCUUUCGGAAUAGUGCACGUGCUCCAAAUACAAAAUAUCCUAAUAGCACGUCAGGUGCAUUUUCAUCAAUCGGUACAGGUCUCGUAUCUAUCUGGUCGAUGCGAAAUUGAAGAUUGUCACGUAUCGAGGACGUCCAAACCUAUAGACACCGAUUAGAGGCCAGUAGAGAAGAGAGGAUCUAAUAGUCGAGCAACCGUACAUCAAUUUCUUUUUGUUCAUUGCGUGUAUCCGCACGCGACGUGGUGGCGAGUGUCUUCUUCUCCAAGGGAUCGUGGAAUACAAUGGAACACGAAGCGAUUUUUGAUUUUCAAGAUUCUAUUUGUUGACGGUGUGAUGCUUAUAUUUGAUUGGAUCAUCACCGAAUGGAUAUCAUUGGGGAAAAAAUAUCGGGUUUCAAGUUUAAAUUUUUUUUGGAAAUGAAAUCCCUUUAAAAUAGUGGGAGACUUUUUAAUCUGGAAGAUUAGAUAUACGAACCGUAUGAUCUAAUGCUCGAUAAUCGUUCGAUACAAAGUUUAAAUGCUAAUUUCGCACACAUCUUGUGUGUGCGGACUAUAUUUUACAUUUACACAUUGUGUUAGAAGAAACUAUUGCGUAGAAAGCAGUUCAACUAUAUAUUCACGGCUACAUACUUUAUUUACAAAGUAUCAUUACUAGAUAUGAUCUAAAUAGAAUAUUUAUGCAAAAAAAAAGACGGAAAACAUUGUUGAAAACACGGUCACUGUUUGAAUAUUAUAACCAUUAUUUAUUUUUUUCUUUCUUUCUUUCUUUGUUUUUCCAGCAUUGAAUUAUACGGAUCGAGUAAAUCUUAUAAAUUCGAUAGAAGGGCAAUAUAUUUUUUUUUCUUCUUUUGUAUUUUGAGCAUAUUUUAUCGAUAUUUCUUUGGAGAGAAAAGUUAUUAAUUAUUAACUUGGACAUGAUUCGAUAAUAGUGAAAAAUUAUAUAAAACGAUAUAAAUUAUUUAUAUAAUCUACUAUUAAUUAUGAUCUAUUAGUUAAUCGUUACAGCAUUGUAGGUUGAAUCAAAUGAACCAUAUCGUAUUGCGAAAUAAAAAAAAAUUGCGAAUUGAUAUUAAACGGUACUAGAGUAUUUUCUUAACACAUUUUAAAUAAUUAAAUCUUCGCAUUCCUAUAAAUCGUAAUAGGAUUUAAUUGAUACAUUUAGAUAUCGAUUAAUGAAUUUAUUACACAGAAUAAAUUACAUAGUAUACGCUUCGGUGUUUCAAGGAUAUCAACGAUACUCUCAUAUGUCACUCGCUAUAUAUAAUAUAUGUAGUAUAUAUGCGAGAAUCGAUUCUCGAUGUAUAUCAGAUACUGUUUAAUUACGAAUUUCUUUACAAGAGAAUAAACAAAUUUCGAAUUCGUGAAUAUAAAAAUUGCGAUAAUGAUUAGUGGAUGAAUGAAUAGUUGAAAAAAAGAGAAAGAAAAAGAAAGACAAUGUUCACAAUGUAAUAUGCAUCGUAAUUUUUUAAAUCGAGUGUCUUAUUCUCGAGGUAAACUUACGUGUGUACAAUUACCGCAAUUUUAAUGCGAGAGAAGGUAUACUUUAUUCCGAUUGGCUUGCCAGUUACGGAUCUGGCACCGCCUCUGCCACUCGUUUGAGAAUCGUUUAUGUGUACACGUAAUCACGUAUCGUGAUCUUUUAACGGGCUUGCCAUUUUAACAAAAAUAUAUCAUCGAUUAACAUAAAAAAAUCAUUUACAAUCGAGUCGAUCGAAAUUCAAAGGUGGCAACGAAUAAGAAGAAAUCGUUCUUUCAACUUCUACUCUACUUGUCAUUGAAGCUUUUAUUUUCAUUUCUUUAACUGAAAUUUACGCAGCUCGGAUUCGAUAUCCUUCUAAUUAAUGGUACAUUCGAUACGCAUAUUCAAUGCGUCGUUUAAGAAAUUCACGUUUUGAUCGCGCGCACAAAAAAAAAAGAACAGAAAAAAUCCGAUUAAGAAUCAUCAAUCAUGAAUAAUAAUCCUUUACCGGAAACGUAAAGGAUGCACGUUGCGAUGACAAUAAUAAUAUAAUCGAAAUUAAUCAGAAUCGAAUAACCAAUUCUUCCUAUUCGAUCGCGAUUUUUCACUUCUCUAGAUUCUUUUUCCUCCGUCUUUUAUUCCAAUUCGAGAUCACGCAAUGCAAUUUCUCGCAGUUGUUCCAACUUGUCGCACUUGUUAUCGUUUAAUCUCCGAGUGGAGACGUAAUGAUUUGUAAUAAAUUUGCUCGUGGAAACGUAGUGGACGAUGAAAAGACGCGAUAAGAGAGAAAAAAAAAAAAAAGAAAAGACACGAGAGAUGGAAGGUGUCGUGAAAAAAAUUGAGCGCAGCGUGAUCACGGAGAAGCCGCGUUCACGGUUUAACACCUUCCACCGAAUCCGGUUCGAAAGGAUUCCUAGAAGAAACGAGCAAUUGUUAUAUUUCAUCGACGUAUCGUUAGCGAUCGCCUCGUUUAUCAGAUCUCGCGAUCAAAGGCUAUGGAUAUCGGUGAUUGUGUUUGCUUCGUCGACCGUUGCGGAGAGGCUAACAAUGUUCGUUGGAGGUUCUGAUCGAAAGAUCGCCGGACCAGAGACAGGAUGUCUAUAUAGGAAAGUCUAGGAAAACGUAUGAAAAAUGGGUCAGGAACUCGAGCUGAAUUCGAUUUUACAAGAAUUCUCAAGGAGUGAUAAUAUCUUUUUUUUUCUUUUUUUUUUCUUCUUUUUUUUUUUUUUUGCCGUUUUUUUAAUCCACCUUCGCGUCGAAAGAGGAUAUAGAACGACACUCGAUACCCAGGAACUGAAAGCCGACGUCAUUGAAUGCCACUUAAGGCACGGUUACGGUUCUCUUCGCUGUCCUUCGCGAGUUUAAAUCGACGAGAAUUCCGUGACCGGUCCUAGGUGUGUCUUUUCUCUAUAUUUUAGGCAAAUUAUUAUAAUAUUUAGAUUAAUAUCAAUAUUUUAAGACGCAUAAAUAAAUUGCGGGUAAAUGGCCUCAGCCUGAACCAGAAUCCGGUUCACGUUGGUUUAUAUUAAAUAUUUUUUUAUAUGACGAGGAAAUAGGUUGCCAACGCAUUCCUCGAUUAUCUACUUGUAUUAGAAAGAUUUAUUGGUACCUGCCUUUGAUAUAAUACUUUGGUAUAUAACUGUUGUUCGCCGAUAGAAUAGAAGAGAACGAAAGGAUAUAAGGCGCGAAUCAACUUUCAGUUUCGAAAGAGGAUAUAUAUAUAUCGGAGUCGAAUUACAUUCGAUAUCCAGCCGCGCAUUGACACAAACCCCUCACUUUGAAUUUAAAUAAAACGCGAUCCUACUCUUUUCUCGUUCGAAUAACACGUCAACUCGAAGUGAGAUGUUCGAGAUGAUUUUUCGAAAAUUUUUAACGUUCUUCGUUUCACGAGUUUAAUCGUUUUUCAAUGUCACUAACGUUUCGUCAAUAUACGAAGGAAGGAAGUCUAUUUAAUCGGCAAACAUUGACCAAUUAUUUUCCAAUCUUAAGCUAUUUUUCUGCCCGACUCUUUACGUACACUGAGCUUAAAUUAAGCACUUCGCGCUUCUUGAAAUGUCACUCGUUCGACGACGCAAAUACUGAAAGAUUUUAGAGUGGAAAGAGAAUGGUGGUACUCUUCGCGCCUACGAAAUUGUUAUACUUCCGUGUCACGUUGCAAUAUUUGCGGUACGAAUAAUGGGAAAACGUGACAGUUGUAAUAUUGUACGCGAUUUCGUGGAAUGGCAUGGCAGUUUCGAGGAUAAGUUAAUUAAUACCAUUCAUUCUUAUAUCAUAACGAUAUGCAUUAGUGUCUAUCGCGGUAUAUCCCUUAGUAAUCGGCGCGACUAAUAAUUUUCCUCUUUUUUUAGAUUUCUAUUAAACGUCGAUCGCGUGUCUCAAGCUGAACGUUAUUCUUAAAACAAUUUUUCUUUAUUCUUUUCUUGUUUCAUUUAUGUCAAGUCAUAUUAAGCAACAAUAAUAUGUGUACACACGAUGAUACGAUUGUUGCAUACGAUGUAUAUUAGAUCUUCUUUCGAUACAGCACGAUGAUAACGUGAUAAUCAAGAAACUCAAAAGAAGGACUCACGCGAUUAAUAAUUAUUAACGGGAAGACAUCGCGAAAGAUGAUCGAAUAUACGUGUACGAGGUGUUAUAUAAGGCAUCCUUUCCAAUUUGAAAAAGAUGUACAUCGAUACCGGUUGCAAAAUCUUUACAACCGGAAAUAUAAAAAUAUUGAUUGCUUCGACGAAAAAAAUGCUUCGAAUAAGAAGAGGGAAUUAAAAACAGGAAAUCAGAUCGAUCGUAUUUUCCAUUAGAUCCUGAUGUUUUUUUUUUUAUCGUAAACAUCCUAAACUGUAUUCCCGUUUGUCCCUGAACCUGUAAGAGUGGCUUUUUUCCGUACUGAGCGUAUAUAAGAACUGACGACGUCCUAUCACAAAGCGCAGUAUUAGAUUACCACCUCGACGUCAACACGAACCUCGUGUUAUUGACAAACUUCGCCGGUGCUUUUACAUUUAGUGACCAAUUAAAUGUAAAAUCGUGUUCGUUUCGAGACGAUUAUCACUAAAAUUUUGGAGAAACCGGUUUCAAGCGCGUAUAAAACAAACAUUGAAUAUUCAUCAUCAUGGAAACCGCGUUGUCUACGAAUAUGGAUAAUUCUGCUCUUAUCGAUGUUGGCAAGAGUCAGACCAACUUCGCAAAAAAAAUGCCGAAAAUGGUCAAGUACACGCUUGCGGAUUCAGCGAACGACGAAAGAAUUGGUAUGGAUUAUCAUAUUCAAAUAAUCACCAAAGAUGAUAAGCUUAGAAUACUUAAAUUUCUCAGAAGGUUCUUCUUCAGAGAUGAACCGCUUAAUCAUUCGAUUGAGUUAAUACCAGAAAGCGAGGAUAGCACUUGUCUCGAAUUGGAAGAAUAUUGUAGCAUGUCUUCCCUUGAAAAUAAUCUCAGUCUUAUGGCAGUCUCGACGAACGGUGCUAUAAUAGGUGUUAUAUUAAAUGGAAAGAUGGAUCCUCCGAAAGAUGAAGAACCAGAAUAUAUAACUACAUGUGAAAACGCAAAAUUCAAAAAAAUUCUAAGAUUAUUAAAUUACGUAGAUCGAAAUGUAAAUCGCGAUGGAAAAUUUCGGGGAUUAAAUAUUUUAGAAAUCAGAAUAAUCUCUGUAGAUUCAAACUGGCGCGGUAAAGGGGUUGCCAAAGCGCUUGUAGAAAAAACACUUGAAAUUGGAAAAGAAAAAGGCUUGCAUAUUUGUCGUGUGGACUGCUCAUCCUAUUUUUCCGGAAAACUUUGCGCGCGACUUGGUUUUGAACAAAUAUAUGAACUUAAUUAUGCAGAUUAUGUAGAUGAAGAUGGUAAUCCUAUAUUUUCUCCAGCAUUUCCACAUACAGCAAUUGUUACGUACAUUAAGAAAUUGUGAACAUGAUAGAAAUAGAAUCAAGAGUACCUGUUUAUAGAGAAUUGAAAAUGAUUUUUAAAAACGCACUUCUACAUUUACAUUUUAUUUUUCUUUUUUGAAUUUACGAAAAUGUUGUACAGUUAUUUUUUUCUAAUGUUUCUUUAAUUUAUUUAUUACUUUUGUACAAAUUAAAAUGUAAUACAAUUAUUACAAUACAAUAAUUUGUUCAUGACAUUACAAUAAUGAAUCGUGCCAAAAUGCUAGCAAUAAUAUUUUAAUAUAUAACGCACGUUAAUAAAUAUAAUUGCAUUAAACUAUAAAUGAAUAUUGCAUUAUUAGAAAUGUAAACAUAUAUAUUUAGUUACAUAUUUUUGCUUUGUUGGAUAUUUUUAAAAUAUAUAUGAAUUUGUUAUUAUUAUAUGUAAUGAAUUUAUACACGAAAAUAAAUAUAGCAUAAUUUAUAUAUAAA